GCUGCGAAGGAGACUACGGUAAUCAAGUUCUACGUAGUUCUCUUUUUAUUUAAAACUGGCUUUCAUUUGAGACUUUUUGAGGUUGCACCAAAAAUGGGAGACUCUAAACCUAAAGCAUACAUUGCAUGGUUCUGCCCCUAUGCACAACGUGCUCAUAUAGCCUUGCUGGCAAAAAAAGUCGAUUUUGAAUACAUUGAACAAAACCCUUACAACAAGACACCAGAAUGGAUGGCCAUCAGUCGUAAUGGCCUGGUACCAGUCAUUAUUCACAAUGGAAAUACAGUCUAUGAAAGUGAUGUUUGUGUUGAAUACAUUGAUGGGGCCUUCAACAGUGAUGUCUCACUCAUGCCUAAAGAUCCCUACCAGAGGGCUUAUGCUCGCAUGUGGGGGGCCUUUCUUGUUAAUAAAAUCCUCCCAAACAUGUUUGGAAUGAUGUUGAAGCUAACAGAGAAAGAGCAAGAGGAAGCCAAAGAGAAAUGCUUAGAGGGAUUGAAAGAAUUCACUGCAGCAAUGUCACCAAAUCAUGAAUUCUUCCAACAAGACACUCUCAGCUAUGUUGACAUCUUGUUUGCUCCAUUUCGUGAAUAUUUUCCUAUCAUGAAAGAAGCUGUGGGAUUUGAGAUACCAAAAACUCCUGAUUUUGAGCUUAAACUAACGCGAAUAGUCACAGACAAAAAGGAAGAUAAAGGCAUCUUGCAUCCUGACAUUUUCCUAUACCUUUAUUACCUACAAUUGAGUGACAUUAUGCACUGCGCCUCAUSUUGA